UUUUCUAGCAUAAAUAAAACCGUUUUACAUUCUAGAAGAAAACAAGUUGAGCGGAAAACCAAUCUGUAAUGGAGUUGAGAAGAAAGUGUUGGUGGUCGACUGUCGUUCUUAUUAUGUCGCGUUUGCUAACCGAGCUUUCAAAGGUGGUGGCAGCGAAUGUACAGGUAAAUGCUACAAAAUCCAUCUACAAUUUAUAUUAUAUCGAGUGUUGAUGCCCAAAAUCCUGGUACUUCUUAAUCUAGUGAUAAGGAGCUUAAGAUGCACCAAAUCUGCGACGUGGACGCGACUAAAAAACAGUCGCUAAUAAUGGGAGACUAGUUUUACUUUGUUUUCUCGUGUCCCUGGCUUUGUUUACCAACAACAAUCCGUAGUUUUUACACGUGAAGUGAAACUGUGAUAAUAGCGGCAGUUUUUUUCAGUCACGUCCGCGUCGUAGAUUUGGUGUACCUUAAGCUACCUAGUACAUAUAAUAAGCUGCCGUGGAUACUGUAAAAUUUCCGCACGUUUUUCCUUACAGAUUAUUACCCAAACUGUAAGAUCCAGUUCAUGAACUUGGCGAAUAUUCACACCAUCCGCAAGAGUUUUCAAUCUUUGCGUGAGUUGUGUUGUAAAGAAGAGGAACAAACUGAGUGAGUACAACGUAGGUUGUUGACUGCCUCCUCCGCAGGCCCUCGUUGCGUCAUGGGAAGGUCACGAUCUGGCGAGGGCCUGCGGAAUCUUGUAAAAAAAAUGGCGCCGGCGUCACGUCAGCAAGUAAAUUUCUACAUAAUCUUGAAUAUAAACAGAUAUAAAAAAGCGGUGUGUAAAUUAAACUGGCGACUCUAAGGACGUGGAAGGAAGCAUUUUUUAACGAUAAGGUUUGUUAUCCACACCAACGUUGCAUGAAUAAAACUGCCUUCUUUAACGAAGCAGGUUCAAAACAACAUUUAUUCAUUUUACAAGAUUCCGCAGGCCCUCUCGAAAUCGUGACCUUCCCAUGACGCAACGAGGGCCUGCGGAGGAGGCAGAGUUGUUGGUGUCCAAGAAGAAUGCUUCUAGUUUGAAUCUAGCCUGCUAGGCAGGCGAAAACCUUCAACAAAAUAAAGCGAUUUUUUUUUUCGCCCGUUUUUUCUCGCAAUUUUUUUCUCCGCCCAUUUUUUCUGACCCGCCAUUUAUUCAAAAAUCCUCAAAACCUUAAACGAAAUAAAGCGACUGCUACGCAGGCACAGGUUUUGAUCCUACGACCUUCGAUUCCCACCGUGGCCAGGCAUAUUUUUCAAGCUCGCCCGGUGUGGAUAUACACUAAGAGUAACAUCACAAACAUCAUAUUAUUCACCUGAGUACACAACACCAACACAGAAAAAAAAUCACCACAGGUUUUCUCUGAAUACUCCAAUUUCCUCCUCUAGUAACACUGGAUCAACAGAACUCUCUAAACUGAUAACUCUAUCAGUUCGAAGCUGUUCAACCUAGACGUCCAUAAAGGAGGAAGAUAAACAAACUAACUUUAUUUAGUAUAAUUACAUAGGUGAUUAUUGAAAACUCUCCACGCUGAUUGGUUGCUGAUGAGGUGAUUAUAACACGAUAAUUACCUGAAGAGUUUUUCAAAAUGGCGGCAAGCCAUUUUGUCAAGUAAAUGACGAAGAAAGUUUUUAUCUUUUUUCCAAAUAAUCACCUAUGAAAUUAUACUACUAACAAUUAUUCACCUCAGGCUCGGUAAUUAUCGUGAAUAAAAACCUCGACUUUGUCUCGGUUUUUAUUCACCGAUAAUCACCUCGCCUUCGUCGAAUAAUUGUUAAUUACACCGGAUAUUUUUUCCUUAGCUGGCUGGCGUCAUUAGAAGCGACAAAAUGGCUGUCACAUAUUUCAUCUUUAAUAAAGACGGCGCUGGUUGUCGUAAAAGCAGUUGAACAAGAAAGACAACAUGUCGUUGUACAUUGCAGUGAUGGGUGGGACAGGACGCCACAAGUUGUUGCGUUAGCCGAACUGCUUUUGGAUCCAUUCUAUAGGACAAUCAAGGUUCGUUUCACCUCGUUAAUGGCUGAUUUACACUACACAAUCAAGCACACAACUUGCCUACGAGAACGCAAGUGAGUUAUGUGCUUGAUCUACUCAGUGCAACCAACACUCAAGUUGUAAGCAGGUUGGAUGCGACAGUUUUAGGCAAAAGUCGUGAAGUAUAAAUCGGUCUUAAUGAUGGCAUUCAAUUUGUGUUUCGAGGUAACAGAUGAUAGGCAACUUCAGAAAUGUUGACGUUUAUUGUAGUAAGAAUAGGUGAACUACGUCUUCCAAUUCUAUUCAGUUGCCGCCAAAUAAAAGACUACUAGGUAUAAUCAUGGAUAAUAAAAUAAAUGGAUAGGAAACUAGCUGACGUGACCUAAUGUUUUUACUGGGAUUGAUGGCGUGGUUGGAUGCCUCAACCACACCUCAACCUAGUUGAAAAUCAAAUUCUCAAAAACGGCAUGUUUAGCAAUAAUACAGCUAAACAUUUUAGUCAAAGAGCAAAUAAAUAUAACCACACCAUUCUACCAUGAAAACUCUAAGUAUUCCCAGUCAAUUUUAGCAAAUAUUUUAAGCACUAAACAGUGAAAAAUACAUCGCAAAUUUCGUUAAAAUUUGUGACGCCAAUUUCGUAGCUACAAAUGUAAAAAAAUACAAAACAAAGACGAAAAACAUGUACCUUGAAUACUUUGUCGUGGCUUAGGCAUGUUUUUAAAACAAUUAGACCAGUUUACGCUUCAAUAUCACCCUUUUAAAGUGGAAAAUAUAGCAAAACAACAAAAAUGCCGAGAACUUUGGUAACAUUCGCAAUACGCGUGACGUCACAUUUUUCAACAAGGAUGCAGUCAAUGACGUCAGAAGUUUCCUAUCCAUUUAUUUUAUCCAUGGUAUAAUGAAAAGAAUGAACAUUAUUUUCUCACUUCGAUAACUGGAGGUUGACCUCCAUCUGCUGCCCUUGGUGAACACUCUUAUAUUGCAUUGUGUAUUGAAGGACGAACGUUGCUAGAAGAGUUUCUACUCUUUAGGUGCAAACCAAGACAUGUUUUACUACUUUAUCUUUUUCUCUCUUGCAGGGAUUUCGUGUAUUGUUAGAACGGGAGUGGCUAGCAUUUGGUCACAAGUUUGCAGAUCGUUGUGGUCAUAGCUGUCAAGAAUAUGAUCCGAAUGAACGAUGUCCUGUGUUCUUGCAGUUUCUGGAUUGUGUACAUCAAUUAUUGAGGCAGUUCCCAUGUUCUUUUGAAUUCAAUGAAACUUUUCUGGUAUGGAUAAAAAUUGUCGUGUACUUGUUUCACAGGCUGGUUGACAGUAAAGUAGGUAGGUAGGUAAGUGGUUUGGGUGGCUACAGUUAUUAUGUUUCUGUAAGUAUUAAGUACCAAGCCACCAACCAACCUGCCUAGCUACCUUAACUACCCACCCACCUAUCCACCCACCUAUCCACCCACCUAUCCACCCACCUACUUACCUACCCACCCACUACCCACCCACCUAUCCACCCAUCUAUCCACCCACCUAUCCACCUACCUUCCUGCCCAUCCACUUACCUAUCUACCCACCCACCUAUGUCUGUCUACCAUAUGCUUAUUUCUUCCAGGUUAAACUGGUCCACCAUACGUACUCCUGUCUAUAUGGUACAUUUCUAUUUAACACUGAACAAGAGAGACUGGCAGCCAACAUUACACACAGAACAUGUUCAGUGUGGUCGAUGCUUGAAUGCCAGUCAAGAAACUGCAGAAAUUUCCUUUAUUCACCCAGGGAGAAAAAGGUGAGUCUUGUACUCUUGUAUAGUUGUGUUUCACCAAGCACUAUGUUGCAGGUCAACCUUGUAUUUGGUGGCAAAUGAAUACAAUUGAGUUUUUGAAAUAUUUUUAGGUGUUAUACCCUGAAUAUCAAGUUCGUAAUAUUCUACUGUGGUCUUCGCUCUACUUGUCAACGCCACUGAUCUUUUUUGGCAAUUCGUCGUCUUCAAACUCGAGUGAUACUGUCCUUAAUACCGAGGAAGUAUUUCCUAACGACUGUUCACGAACUGAGCCCGAAACUCGUCCGAACCUUGUACGACGGAAUUCUGACGGAGACGUGAAAGUUUCGUGCAACGAUGAGAACUUUGUGGGAUGUUCGGGUGCCCGAGACGAUUCCGAUCUAUACCUGACGAAACCUCUUGUUUGUAAGUCGGAAACUAGCAUGAGCCCUUCAAAAGGUUUGCUGGUUAACGGCUUAGAUCGAAAAUCUAGUGAGGAUAUAGGUAGCAUUUAUGAGAAUAACACAUUUGAUCGAAAUGGAACAGAGUGUAAUAACAAAAUGGAGAAUGGCUGUGAGAAUAACUCAAGUGAUCAGAAUGGAAUAUUAGGAGAGGAUUAUGGUGGAUUGAAUAGUUGUGAGAAUACAGUGGUUGAUCAGAAUGGAAUACCAGCAACAGAUGGUGGUGUGAAUAGUUGUGAGAAUACAGCAUUUGAUCAGGUUCAAGGAGAGAAGAGUAAUGACCUCGGUGACAGUAUGACUAGUAGUUCCAAUACGAUAGUUGAAGACAGUAAUUCUUCUAAUACAGAUGAAGUUAAGGUGGCUGGUUCUGAAAUUCAAAAUGGAAAGCUAGUUUCAGAAUCUGGCUUAGAAAUGUCACAGACUAGACUUGUAUCAAAGGCUAUAAACUGCAGAUCAAACCAUCGUUUAAAUCAUAUCACUGAUGAGACGAUGCUACUACAAGAUGGGCUAGGUGCAAGCCAUACUGAAAAUCACACUACAAAAGUUGGCAACAGUUUUAGAGAAUUUGAAGAAACACCAAAAUCUCCUAAAGAACUGUUUGUAAAUAAACUGGGAAAAUGUUUAGAUAUAGACGGUCUCUCUUUCGUGGUGGAUCCGGCACAAGCACAGCUGGUGAAAAUUGGGGUAUUGGUGGAACAGUUGCAAGCACAGGGAUGUGUUUGUGGAAUUCGCCAGAAGGUUAACAUGAAGCAGAAUAUGGUAAGCUGAUAGCUUAAAUUGAUAUAAGCAAGAAAGGUUUUUUGACUAUAAUUUCACCUCGGCCACAUGUGGUAAGAGUGCUUUGACCUUACCAGACCUCUAGGGAGAACAGUUUAGAACUGAUAGAGCUAUCCAGUAUAAAUAAAGUUUGUUUAGUUUAGGUUUCCUCUGCAGUAACACUGGAUGAAUAAGAGAUAACCUUACCAGACCUCUAGGAAGAACAGUUCAGAACUGAUACCUAGCUAUCCAAUAUAAAUCAAGUUCGUUUAGUUUCGGUUUCCUCCUGUAGUAACACUGGGUCAAUAAGAGAUAACCUUACCAGACCUCUAGGAAGAACAGUUUAGAACUGACAGAGCUAUCCAAUAUAAAUGAAGUUCGUUUAGUUUCGGUUUCCUCCUGUAGUAACACUGGAUCAAGAACAAAUUGUCUUUACUGCACUUCUAGAGAGAAAAGUUACAAACUGAUUGACUUGAAUAAAACUGGUUUAGUUCAGUUCCAAACAAUCCGUUUUUAGACGGAAGAUACGAGGCGAUGAAUUUAUCGUAAUUGGGUUUCUCUUCCAGGUGGCGAACCUAGAGCCGACAUUUGAAGGUUCAAGCUCUCUAUCCAGCAACGCCGCGUCAGACACCUAUGGAAGCUGGGAACGAGUUGAUGGCGAGGAUGUCACUCCUGUGUUGUGGCUACCAGACCACCACGCAAUCAGCUGUGAAGGUUGUGAUCUAAAAUUUAGCAUGACUAACCGAAGACAUCAUUGUAGGUAAGAUAAUAGAACUCUCCCUAGAGGUCCAGUAAGGAUCAUCUCAUUGAUCCAGUGUACUACAGGAGGAAACCUGAACUAAACUAACUUUAUUUAUACUUGAUAGCUCUAUCAGACUGAGUUCUAAACUGUUCUCCCUAGAGGUCCAGUAAGGAUCAUCUCUUAUUGAUCUAGUGUUACUAUAGGAGGAAACCUGAACUAAACUAACUUUAUUUAUACUGGAUGCUCUAUCAGUUCUAAACUGUUCUGCCUUGAGGUUCAGUAAGGGUCGUUCCUAGUUGAUCCAGUGUUACUACAGGAGGAAACCUAAACUAAACUAACUUUAUUUAUACUGGAUAGCUCUAUCAGUUCUAAACUGUUCUUUCUAGAGGUCCAGUAAGGUUCAUCUUUUAUUGAUCCAGUGUUAUUACAGGAGGAAACCUAAACUAACUUUAUUUAUACUGGAUAGCUCUAUCAGUUCUAAACUGUUCUCCCUAGAGGUCCAGUAAGGAUCAUCUCUUAUUGAUCCAGUGUUACUACAGGAGGAAACCUGAACUAAACUAACUUUAUUUAUACUGUAUAGCUCUAUCAGUUCUAAACUCUUCUCUCUAGAGGUCCAGUAAGGAUCAUCUUUUAUUGAUCCAGUGUUACUACAGGAGGAAACCUAAAACCUAAACUAACUUUAUUUAUACUGGAUGCUCUACCAGUUCUAAACUGUUCUGCCUUGAGGUUUAGUAAGGGUCGUUACUUGUUGAUCAAGUUCAGUCGCACCCACUGGACAGGAAUACCUGAAGAAAACCUGCAGUGUUAUAUAGAGUCAAACUGGAAGCACUCUUCUCACAUGUGACUGAGGUGAAAUUAUAAUCAGACUGCAUAUUACAGGAAUCAAACCUUGGUCACAGAAAUAAAGAUUAAAGAAACAUGCACUGAUCACCAAUAAAGACAAUAUUAAUUAUUUCUUUUCUGUAGAAACUGCGGCAGAGUGUUCUGCGGUUCGUGUUGUAACGACAUGACCCCGGUGCCUUCCGAACAAUAUUACGAUCCCGUCCGAGUGUGCAAGACGUGUUUUGAAAAACUUCAUGUUAAAAAUAGCCAAGACAUUACCGUGGCGGCUUCGUGAACUAACCAUAUACACGUGUGUAAAAACAAAACGCACAUAACAAAAGACGACAAAUGUGCUCUUUUCAAACAACAAGUAGUCAACUAAAGAAAUGUUGACAUUUAUACGAGCGAGAAAAUUAAACUCGUGGGCGUACCGGAUUUUGACAGAAAUUUUAAAAGUCGGGCAAGUUCUACUCGAGAGUUGAGUAUUUUUACAUCUUAGUGGAGGAAAGGCCACGAAGACUGGGACUCAUAAGUUUGUGCACAUAGCGCAUACUAUAACGUAAUUUUGCAUCUGAGACACUUGCAAAUUUCAACAAGAUUUGGUCGACAGGGGGAAGGUCACAAUGAAUGUCGGGCAAUUUUAUAUUCCGCUCCGCUAUAUUUUUGGCGCCGGUACGCCCAUGAUUAAACUUUUUCUCCUCUGUAUAUUUGUCACCAAAUACAAGACUACUAUACAAUGAAAGGAACAAUAUUUUCUCAUUUACUGCCAGUCGUGACCAUAUGUGUUUGGAUCAUAGGAGAAGAAUACAUAAGCCCGGAUGAAACGAGGAUGAGAGCGCAUGAGAGUCGCCAGUCACGCGACCUUGGCUAGCUGUUAGCCUGUUCCUUAAAGCCCUGGGCAAACUAGGAAACAUUGUUGCGGAAACAUUUGUGAUUCUCGUUGUUUCCUCAAAUGUUUCCCUGUUUGCCCACCCGUGGAAGCAUUGUUGCGGAUACAAAAUUUGCUUCCCGGGAAGCAAAUAUGUUUCCUACCAACUUCAGAAACAUUUGAUGUUUCCCUAUGUUUCUCACUAAUGUUUCCUAGUGUUUGCCCACUCUGGGAAACAUGGCGAAACAUUAGCAGGAAACAACGUUUUCGCAACAAUGUUUCCUAGUUUGCCCAGGGCUUAAUGUUUUCCCAACACUAUCAUGUAUUUUCUUCAAGUUAAAUCGUAGUUAAAGCAUAUUCAAACCUUUAUUUUGUUAUGUAGAGCCUAGAGCUAUGAGCCUAUGUCUCCAGUAACGAUUCUCAUUAACCCUCUCAUUCUCGUUUGACCUUUAGGCUGUAAUUAUUUUCGUAAUGGUUCCGUUUUAUUCGGAUACCCUAAAAUGUUAUUAUAGAACUUUACAGUUGUAUAUAUUAAGAAUUUAAAUACGACAAUUGAAUAGUCUUUUUAUACUGAUAAGUAAGACUGCACGUGCGAAUUUGUAUGAUACGAUAAACUAUGAAUGAAUUUGUAUAAUAUGAUUGUUAAAUUAUAGUGUAAUGACUUCCGGACCGUUAAACGGGGAAUUUUAAGACGAUUUGUGAUAAUUAUUGACUAUUAUUGAAUUGAAUAAUUAUAGCACACUAAAUGUUAAUAAAAGAAAAAUUUGUUUUUGGAUUUUACACCGAAUAAACAUCUUGACAAACAUGAA